CUCCAAAUUUUACUAUCUAGAGAUGGAGGUCACCUUUUCAUGCUUAGUACUUGUUAAUCUAGUUUUUGAAUGGCAAAUUGAUCGCAAAAAGCGCGCUAUCUGUUACAAAAUUCCUUAAAUUUAUCUAAGAUGAAUGUAGUUUGAAAUAAACAGCAAAAUCUAACGAAAAACAAUGAAUUUUCCUUAUCAUUAUGCAAACAAGUACUGCUUUUUCAGUACUCACUGGCAUUGGCCAGUAUCAAGGUCGCCACCUGGAUGAAGAGCCAUGCUGCGAUCGCUCCUGCGGUCUUUUAGCUCGGUAGCCGGCGUGGGAACUCCGGUGUUGGGCAGCUCUGGUGUGCUGGGGGCUGAACCACUGGUGGCGAGAGCGUUUCGGAAAUUUUCUGCGAUGGCUGGUGUAACUCUGGAAGAGCGGGGCACGCCCAACACGGACGACUACCGCAUCUAUUAUCGUAACGCCGCCGGCCCGAUCUCACCGUUCCACGAUAUCCCACUGUACGCCGACGAAGAGAAAAAGAUCUUCAAUAUGGUGGUGGAGGUGCCCAGAUGGACAAACGCCAAGAUGGAGAUCGCCACCGGUGAGCGGCUGAACCCCAUCAAACAGGACACCAAGAAAGGAAAGCUGCGCUAUGUCGCUAACGUCUUCCCCCACCACGGCUACAUCUGGAACUACGGAGCCCUGCCCCAGACCUGGGAGAACCCGCACUCCACGGACGAAUCCACCGGCUGUAAGGGAGAUAACGACCCCAUCGAUGUCUGCGAGCUCGGCACCAAGGUCUGUCGCCGCGGCGAGGUGAUCCAGGUGAAGGUGCUCGGCGUUCUGGCGAUGAUCGACGAGGGCGAGACCGACUGGAAGCUGCUGGCCAUCAACACGGACGACCCGCUGGCCGACAAACUCCACGACGUCUCGGACGUGGAGAAGCACCUUCCCGGCUACCUGCAGGCCACCGUCGAGUGGUUCAGACUUUAUAAAGUGCCCGACGGAAAGCCGGAGAACCAGUUCGCGUUCUCUGGCGCGGCUAAGGACCGGGAUUUUGCUCACGGCGUCAUUUCUGAGACGGCCGGCCACUGGCGGGAGCUCGUCUCCGGGAAGGCGGACGCCCACGGACUGGACACCCACGCAGUGACUGUGGACUCGGCGCAGAUGAAGCUGACUGUGGCCGAGGCCGAGGCCCUGCUGGCCGCGGCGCCCUCACUGCACCCGCCCGCCGCGCUGGAUGGCGCCAACGUCAACAAAGUCCACUUUCUGGCAGCCAAGGCCAGCUAACCGCCGGCAGAGCCCUACUGACGAUGACGUCAUACUCACCUGUGACGUCAGCCGACAUAGAGCUGAGUGACGUCACUCAGCGCGUCGGCAUCACCCGCAGCUGUGACGUCACCCGCGCCACCUGUGACGUAAGAGCCGUGUCUUGCAGUGACGUCACUCCCCGUGUCGUAGGGUGGUGACGUCACUGACGCUGAUUGGUGGCCGGUCCGAACUGUGACGUCAUACAUCUGAUCUGGGCGACUCGGCUGCGGGGAGGUGGUAGGUAAAUUAUUGUGCGUGGGUCUCGGGCUACGUCGUCUGCCGUUCAGCUGUUUCCUUAAGCUGUUUCGUGGUGUUUUCGCUCUCCCGGUAUAUCACGCUCUGUAUCUUCCCCCGCUGGAUGCGUCUGUCAGUGCUCGAAAUCACAUCUCACUGGAGCCUUAAUCAGGAGAGCUAGUUGUGCGGUAUAACGAGCCAACGCAGACUGAUCGUACAUAGUAAACGACCGCAUAGCUGCUGAAAUCCGCUGAACCAAGACUCGUUAUAAGUCAAUUACCGUCCGUCUGUUUUAAACUUUCCGCCCCAAGCUGUACUUAGCGCUCGGGUACUUAACUCAGCCUUAGUGCUGACCUGUGUUCGGAAUGCAGAGUCCGAACUGGAGUAGGGUGAGGCUCUCAACAGCUGUUCGGUGGUGUGAGUGGGGGGGGGGGGGGGGUAAUUGUACCCCUCUGUCUGUCGGGCGAUACAUACCUCGGAAACAGGUAGCUGACCGCUGGUCCCACAAGGCAGCUGGUCCAAUGGUCUGGUCUGGUCCCAUGUUUGGUCCGAGGGUCAGACCAGGGUUCGGCGCGGUGGUCCGGUCCGGGACCAUUGGUCCAUCCAGAGACCGGCGCCGUGUCGGGCACCGAUUGAUGUACUAAACGGAGCCGCGGUCUCAAUACAUCACUCUAAUGGCGCGA